CUUAUUUUGCCUUAUGUUCUCUCUCUCCAUACCAAACAAAUUUGAAAACUCAUGAAACCAGAAGUCAGGAGGGUUAGUAAGUGCAAGCAUUCUUCAUCCUCCUCAUCUUCAUCUUCCUCAUGCAUUGAGAAGCAAAAAGUUGAGUUAAACAAGAGCAGUGACUCUGAUUCAGACUUCAGCAGCUCUGAGGAAGAGAGGAGACUAAAACGUCUCAAGAAGAAACUGAAGAAAUUGAAAAAGAAGACAAGGAAAAAGUCAAAGCAGAAGAAGAAAAAAAAGCUGAGGAAGGACAGCAUUGAUGUUGAGGAGGUAAAAGAGGAUGAGAAAGACCAGGUUGAGGAAGAUGUUGUUGGGCCAGUUCUUCCAGUGGUCCUUGCCAAGUCCAAGGCCAUGGCACCGAUGACCAAAGAAGAGUGGGAGAAGAAACAGAGCACACUUCGGAGGGUCUAUGAUGAAGAAACUGGAAGGCAUCGGUUGAUUCGUGGAGAUGGGGAAAUAGUUGAAGAGUUUGUGUCACGAGAGAGACAUCGAGAGAUCAAUCGAAAUGCUACUCGGAAAGAUGGAGACUUUUUCCAAAGUCAAACAUUGAGGAAGUGAUAUUUUUUCAAUGCUGAUGUCUUGCUUGAUUAUAUGCAUCUACACAAAGAAGUAGAUUAAUCACACUGCAAUGAUGUGUAUUGUCAUCACAUUCAUUCUGUCCAAGAUAUUAAAGGCAUUUGACCAUUUGAUCCCAGACAUCACUAGCAGUAGCACUCAAACACCAAUACAAUGUCUGGAAAAUAAACUGAUAUGGCAAUUAGGUAGGGGGG